CCUGGGCGUCAGUUCAUUCUGUCGCGAUCCCUUCAUCCGCACAAAACAAAACAUUACUCGUUGACAACCAGUACUCAUGUCAUCUAGUUCUAAUAAAAGGAUUUAUAUUUUUUUUGUGUAUCGUAGGUUACUAUAAAAAUGCAUUCCGGGACUUUGGAAAGAAUCGGGUCGCCGAUAAAAAGGACGCUUUCUCGGGGAGUGAGUGAGGACGAGUCACUUCGCAAUAUUAUCAAAGAGACGGAGAGUUCGGCCAGGCGUCUGACACGCAGUGAGAGCAGAGGGGGGACCCUCAAGAGGAGAAGUGGGAGUCAGCAGUCUGAGGAUCAGGAACUAAUGAUGGAACUCCCUGAGAUGCUUGAUCUGCAGGCGAGCUACGACGAUGUGUUGCGAGAGCUCCGUGGGCUGGAGCUGCAGCGGGAGACUGUGUUGUUCCAGGUGGACGUUCUGCAUGACGCCCUGGAGGGGGCCGAGGAGAUGCUGGCCGAGGCUCAGAGAGAGGCCAGCCAUGCCACCAUGGAGUUGGAGCAAGAGAGAGAAGCCAAGAGGAAGUUGGAGGACAUGGUCAGCUCUCUGAUGCAGGAGGUAGAGAGGCUAAAAGAGGAGAGGAAGACCAUUCCAGCAGUACCAGUGUACACACUCGUCAAGGAGCAGGAGAUGGAGGAGGAGAUGGCUAGACAACAAGCACAAGAGAUGAAAAUAAAAAAAGAAGCACAGGAACAAGUCAGUGAUACACCAGGGGAUGAGGACAAUUCUACCAAAGAUGCACCUCUCUCUAUUAUCCGAUUGGACAGUGAGAGCCCCGGGCCCAACAACGGACUAACAUUGGAGACCAGCGCUGGAGGGCUGCUCGCUGCCUCCUUCAAAAAGGAGAGGGAGGAGCCGCCCUCUGACAGUCCAAACCGGCCCCUUCCUCUCCACGUCGCCCGGUUGUGGUCCUCUGUGGACUCUGAGGACAUAGAAGAAGGGGCAGAGGACAGCUUCACCAAGUUCACUAAGAUGGUCAACAAGACCUUGGGACCGUUGAUGCUGGGUAGCCAGACCCCAGGGUACAGUCAGGUGGAGAACAGGCUUGACAUCUUUCCAGAUAGGAACAACGACACCGACAGCAUCAGCGCCUACGAGGAUGCCUGCGCUGACACGCCCAAGCUGGAUGAGGGAGACGGGCCAAGGCUGCCCCAUGAUGAAGGAUCCCCGGUGGAUGAUGAUGAGGGAGAGCCGUCGAAUGGCAACGAUCCCAAGAACCCCAAAAACACCAAUGAUUCUUGCAUUCUGUCGUAAGAGCUGCAGAACUGUUGUGGUACGAAAGGUCAAAUGUGCUCUCACUCUGUCUGCCCUCUUGAUAAUAUAAUAUAUGCAAUUUAGCUUUUAUUCAAAGCAACUUAGUCAUGCGUGCAUUCCUUUUUUUACAUCUUGAAAAAGGGUUAAAAAAAUCUGUUCUUGGAUCAGUGCGCUCAUUGACACCUAUUUUUUAAUAUAUAUAUAUAUAUAUAUAUUUUUUUUAAAUGUACUUUUAUUUAUACAGGUUUUUCUCAUUGAGAUAACAUCUAUUUUCCAAUAACAGCGGGAGAACAACGUUUCAGACAAAACAACUUACUAACACAACAUUAAACAAAACUGUAAACACACAUACAGUACAACAAAAACAUUUUAAAUUAAAAACACGAAGGUCUUGACUAAAAACAGCUGGCCUAAAGACAAUUACACUCUUCUAUGAUAUAUACAUCAAUCAAGUGUUUAUAAAAGGGUAAUGUCAACAUUGAGAGUUGUCUUAGCGCAAUCCGGCACGGUGGAAUUCCAGUAAUGUCUACAGAUGUCUCUUUAGUCAAUCUUUCUCCAUUGGCAUGACUUGCAAGGUCGCACUUAAGUGUUUAGUUUUCCUGCCGUUUGGCACAAAAUGCAAAUGACCUCCCUCUGUUUAUUAGUGACUGAUGAUCACUUAAGACUGUUUGCGUACACUGGACUAUCCGAUAUGUUUCAGGACACACCACAGACCUCUAGCAUUCUAAACAGUCAAAUUAUGUGAUUUAUAGAUCACAUACUGAUAGUGCUGAGCGAUUAACAAAAAUGUUUAAGGUUCAAUUAUUUGAAUUCCAUUUAAUUCAGUUUUUUUCCUAUGAGCUCAAUGCGCAGUUUCUCUAGAGAUAAAUCCGAUCUAGCUGAACUGUGCGAUGUAGUAGGGAGUUGUAGUUUCCAACAGGCCAAUAUACUACUUAGUUUUGCGCAGAACAUGUGAUUGAGAGUGAUAGAGCAGUUGUUUCGCGAGGUAUCUAUCUGAAAAUACAUGAUCUAAGCGAUUGAUAGUUUGUAUUCAGCAGUCAUAAAAAUAUGCCUUAUUUACUUUGAAGAACUACUAAAAUAGUGAUUUUGUCAGACUACAUAUACAGCAGCUCUAUAGAGAUGAUAUGAUGACAUGGAAUUAAAUAAUAAUAAUCUUGUAAAAUACACAACUGAAAUAUUUUAUGAAAGUCAUGUGAAUAAAUUAUGGAUAAGCAGUAAUGGGCAGUCACUACCAUCAUGGGACUUUAUUCAUAGUUUUUUUCUGUGUUACAGAAUUCAACACACACAGUGCAUUUAAUGUCAAAAAAAGAAAUUAUCUAAACCAAAAUCAAAAACCGUGAUUAUUUUUAAAAUAAUUGAACCAAAACCAAACCGACCUUAAAAAGCACUAAUUGCUCAGCUCUACAUAGUUUAGAUUUGUAAGAUGAUUAUAGCUGUUUUUGUGCUCUUAUAAGAUCAAAUGCUGGCAAUAUUGUAAUAACAAUAGCAGGCAGCCAAGGAGCUAGCUACUAUACUACAGGGAAUGUUUUUAGGGAAUUUAUGGGUGUUAAACCAUCAUUGUCUCACGUCGACAGUUAUUGUAUCUAAGAAGUACUUGGUGCCUUUCCUGCCUCACCUUAAGGCAUUUUAUAAAUAUGAAAGAUGAACUUGAAAGAUCUAAUAUGAAUUUACUGAAUCUAAUCUAGCUUUAGUUAUUAUCAGACAUCCAUCAUUUGAAGUUAAUAUGAUACUUCCAUGAUUGAUAAAGGGAACAAUCCAUUUAAUUGUAAAACUUUAAUGAUUCCUGAUAAUAUUUUCUACUGACACAUACAGUAACAGUACUGUAUUCUACUCAGUGCUUUUAAGGUCAUGCUUGCGUGGUUGCAGUGAAAUUACUGAAUUGGGAGAAACUUGUUAUCUUUUUGUAUCUGACAUUGCUGGACAAUAUAUCCUUUGUUUUUAUAAUUUUUCUACCCCUAACCAUUAACACAAGACCUGAUGAUAAUCUUUUGACUUGGAGUUGCUACCUAUUCAUUUUUUAUGGCUAAGUUUCCAUGGCUACCUAGGAGUCUUUUUUUACUGCGUGUGUAAUAUGAAUGUGAACUUGGGUGCAAAUCUUACACUGCCUUCAACACUAGGUUUUGUGUAUUGUUGGGGCUUUGUGUGUAUCUCAAGUCAAAAUGUAGCUCUUAGUGGAAGGGAUGUGGAGUUAGGAAUAAGAUUUAAUUAUGUUACUUUCUAACUUUGAUACUUGUGAUUUACAAGUUUACUACUUCUAUUCUGUUUCUGUUGCCUGAAUGUCUGUUUCUGCUGGAGAUACACUGAACAAAAAAAUAAUUGCAACAUGCAACAAUUUCAAAGAUUUUCCUGAGUUACAGUUCAUAUAAGAAAAUCAGUCAAUUGAAAUACAUUCAUUAAGCCCUAAUUUAUGGAUUUCACAUGA